UUUUCGACCGGUGCUCGGAGCCAUCGUAGUAGUCUCGACGAAGAAGAGAAUGGCGACCAAAACCCUAGCCAAGGCGGGAGCUUCGCUGAUGAACCGAUUCCUGUCGAAUCCAACAACGAAUCUUCUGCAGAACAACGUUAGAUCGAUUCAGCAAGUGGUUCCUCAGGGUCAGGAGGUCACAUCGUAUCUUCUGCAGAACAAAUUGGGAUCGGCUCAGUAUGUAGUUCCUCAGGGUCAGGAAGUCACUCCGUAUCUGUUCCCGUCGCUGUCGAAGCUACAGAGCUCGCUGGAUCCGCGCCCUAGCGACACUGUUUCGCUACAUGAGCUCUCCUCUCAAGAGGUUUUUUAUCCCUCUGGUCUUCCUUCCCUUGAAUUCUUCUUACCCGAAGUUGAUUCAUCAAGCGAGUCAUUGCUGUUGUUUCCCAAAAGGACGUUCCAACCGAGCACUAUUAGGCGCAAACGAAACCAUGGGUUCUUUGCUCGAAAAGCUACAAAGGGAGGGAGAAGAGUGAUUGCUCGAAGAAUAGCGAAAGGGCGUUCAAGAAUCACAGCUUAGGUGCUCCUUCUUCGGAAAUGUACUCAAGAACGAUGAAUCUCUGCGUUGAAACUCAGUUUAAUCCUCGGCAUUUGAUAAACUUCCCCUACUUUACUUUUUCCGGAGAUCCGAAUGUUGAAUCUCGGAGAAUAGCGGUCUUUGCAUGUCGGUUUUUCGAUAUAUCUAUCCUCAGAACACAGUUUCAGAUGCAAAAGCUUGAUGAUCAUUGAUGCAAACGCAGUUGUAAACCUCAGCAGCUGCACCGUUGGCAGUUGCAACCAUAUCCUUUGCUCGUUAUGGUCUAUUCAAAAUAAGUUUGCUUAACUAA